AACCCCCCGAACUCCGCUUCCUUUUUCGUUCUGUCCAAGAAAACUCCGGCCGAAUAAAUCCCCGCUAGUUCGAUCGCCCCCGCCGAUUUCUUCCCGAAUUUUUCAUUCCGCCGCCGUUUCCGGCGGGUUUCAAUAGAUUCUUCGCCUGGAUCGUUCGGAUCUCGCCGGCGACGCGUUCGAUCUGUAAUGCGGGUCGUGAUCUUGGCGAAUAGGUCGGGUGCUUGAUCUCGUUUCGUUCGGCCGAGGGAUUUCCGCGCCGUUUUUUUGCCGGAGAAGGUGGAGGAGAGGCGGAUCUGCGAUCGGCUUCAGAUGGUAGAGAGAAGGGCUUUGUCUAAAGAGGUUAAAAAUGGUUUAGAAAUUCUAAGGCGUAAAAGGCUCCAACAGAAGCUGGCUAGCGUGCAUGAUGGAAUAAAUGAUUCAAGUACUAUAGCAGGAAGUGUUGGGGUUGCUUUAAAAGAUUCUGGUUCAUCAGAGACAAGAAUGCAUGGAAGUUCAGAUCAUCAUAUUCCUUCUGGAGCUUCUGUGAAGGAUGCUUUUUCAAAACAUAGGGUGGAAAAAUAUGACAUGUCUAAUUUAGAAUGGAUUGACAAGGUGCCGGAUUGCCCUGUUUUCUAUCCCUCAAAGGAGGAAUUUGAAGAUCCAUUGAGUUUUCUCCAAAAGAUUGCACCUAUCGCUUCAAAAUGCGGUAUAUGCAAGAUUGUUUCCCCAAUAAGCGCUUCAGUCCCUGCUGGUGUUGUUUUGAUGAAGGAGAAACCCGGAUUUAAGUUCACUACAAGAGUUCAACCUUUUCGACUUUCUGAGUGGGAUAUAGAUGACAAAAUCACUUUUUUUAUGAGUGGCAGGAGCUAUACCCUUCGGGAGUAUGAAAAGAUGGCAAAUAAGGUUUUUGCUCGGAGAUACUCCAGUGCCGGAUGCCUUCCUACUAAAUAUCUGGAAGAAGAGUUUUGGCAUGAAAUUGCCUAUGGCAAGACUGAGACUGUUGAGUAUGCAUGUGAUAUUGAUGGCAGUGCCUUCUCAUCUUCGCCUACUGAUGAACUUGGAAAAAGCAAGUGGAACUUGAAGGGCCUUUCUCGACUGCCCAACUCUACUUUACGGCUACUGGGGUCAGCCAUCCCUGGAGUUACAGAUCCCAUGCUUUACAUUGGGAUGCUAUUUAGUAUGUUCGCCUGGCAUGUUGAAGAUCAUUACUUGUACAGUAUUAACUACCAACACUGUGGAGCAUCUAAAACUUGGUACGGAGUACCAGGUCAUGCAGCUUCUGACUUUGAAAAGGUUGUCAAGGACCAUGUAUAUGCUCGUGGAAUUUUAUCUACUGAAGGAGAUAAUGAUGCAUUUAGUGUGCUCUUGGGGAAGACAACCAUGUUUCCUCCAAAUAUAUUGCUAGAACACAAUGUUCCAGUUUACAAAGCUGUACAGAAACCUGGAGAAUUCGUAAUAACAUUCCCUCGAGCAUAUCAUGCAGGUUUCAGUCAUGGUUUCAAUUGUGGUGAGGCUGUGAACUUUGCUAUAGGUGAUUGGUAUCCCAUUGGUGCUGUGGCUAGUCAGAGCUAUGCACUUCUUAAAAGGAUUCCAUUGAUUCCUUAUGAAGAACUUCUCUGUAAGGAGGCAAUGCUUAUAUAUAGAAAAAUGUCAGAACUUGACUUAAAUGACCCAGCUCCUAAAAUCGAAGACUUGCGUACCCAACAGUGCAUCAAAAUAUCGUUUGUGCAGUUAAUACGAUUCCAGCACCGCAUUCGCUGGUGGGUCAUGAAAUUAGGUGCAAAUAUGCAAUCAUCAAAAUUUCCUUUGACAGUUUUGUGUGGCCUCUGUCACCGGGAUUGCUAUUUGUCUUAUGUUAAGUGCAACUGCAUCAUGCAGCCUAUCUGCCUUCACCAUGAAAAUGAGAUCAAGAGCUGCAUUUGUGGGGGUAAUCGUAGUAUUAUCAUGAGGGAGGACAUUUUAGAGUUGGAGGCUGUAUCGCAAAAGUUUGAGCUGGAAGAUGGAAUAUUAGAUGAGGCUAAAAAGCAAGCACAACUGAUGGAUAAUUUAUUUCCUGAAGUAGAUGGGUAUACUCCAUAUUGCAAUGUCAAAUUUUGUAGCCCUGAAGUUGUAGAACAAGCUCAGGGCCAUUUAGAAGAUGUAGACUCUAUUUUACAGACUGAGUGUACAGUAGAAUCUGCACUACCUCCUACAUCAAAUAUAUCUUCACGUCUCAGAGUAUAUGAAAGUCAAACAGUGCACAGCAAUGAUUGUACAGAUGAGUAUGGAGUCAAAUUUUCUCCAACUAAAUGUUCCACAAAGCUGUGCGGUAGCACAGGUGGGUACUCAAAGCUAACAGAUUCAUCCGACAAAUGUAUAGCUGUCAAUCAAGAUGGUUUCCACGAAACAGGCCCUCCACAGGAAAGUGAUGAUUCAGACUCCGAAAUUUUCAGAGUAAAGCGCAGGUCAACCUUCAGCUUACAGAAAAGAAGAAGACAAGAGAUGAUUUCAAAUAUUUCUAAUGAAAAGGUGACUAAACGAUCAAGAAAUUACUGUUACGAUGAAAAGCCUGUGCGUUUCCCAUCACCAGGAAGUGUUCACGAUCAUCAUUUAUUAUCUGGUCCAAGAAACAAGGUCGCCCGAGGCAUCAGCCCAAUGUCUUUGAAGUUCAAGCAGCCAUCAUUGCUAAAGAGCACAACAAAGGAUGAUGGCUCUCUGAGAACGAAAUCAGAUGAAUGUAGCAGAAGGGAUAGACUCCAACAUAACACAGGGAAGUCAUCUACAGAACUGUCAUCAACUGAUUUGAGGCCAAUCCGUCUAAAAGUUAGACAUCCCUCAAGCAGCAUGAACUGUAGAGAUUAAGCCUUAAUCUUGACAUACUAUAGCUGGUGCUGACUUCUAACUGGGCUCUAACUUAUACGAAACAGAGAGUUGCGUCGAGGCUAAUCCACAUGAUUUCAUCUAGGACAGAAGCAUUCUGACACGAAAUUGAUUCUUCGUUCAGGCCUUAAAUUGAGGUGCUGGCAUGAUUGGAAAUUCUUUUUUGGGUUCUCGGCGUCGGUAAUUUUUUUUCUCCACGACAGGGCAGAGAACGUUACAGUAGAAGACCGGAAGACUGGUGGUGGUUGCUGCAAUUGUACAUGGUUUGGUUGACUGAUUCAAUUUUUUUUGGUAGGCAGGCUUUUCUUCUGCCUCCUGCCUCAGCCCGUCACCAGUCAUUCAUUUCUUUUAUUCUUUCCUCUUUACUGAUCUUUUCAUACCUCAAAAGAGAACAAAGUUUCAAAGAAAUUUUUUCGUUUAUUGCAUUUUUAACAUAUCUAGUUGUAACGUUUCUUUUAUUUUUUUUUACGAGACAUUUUAUGUCCUUUGAAGAUCUUAAGAUCAAGAGCAAGCUAAGUUGCCCCUUCUUA